AUGCAGGCCUUCAGAAACCUCUUCAAGAACGAUCUCGUCCUUGUGGGCACGAAUCUCACCGUUGUAGCCGGCUUCGCGACUUAUCUAGGCUCCCGGGUGACGAAGAAGCUGGACCACAUGGAGGAGGAGCAGGAGGCGCGCAUGGACGAGAUAGAAGGAACGCUACGCGGCCACAUUGGGCUGAUAGAGGACUCGUUGGAUAGGAUCGAGGGAAAGCCAAAUGCUGGAAAGCAAGAGAAACUGUACAAUCAGAGGACGAGAGAUGAGAAGGGAGGUGGAAAGGGCCAGGACAAAAUACACGACUUUAUCAUUUGCGCAAACCACUUCACACAGCAUACAAGACCGCGCCUGUUCAUCUCACCUCGUGCGACUUACAAGAUGCCUGCGCCCGCCUCAAAUAAGCGCAACAAGCGCAUCAGUCGCAACCUCAUAAUCGGCUCCGAAGCCUGGCAGCUGCCCCCAGUAGGCCACCCCGACCGCCCGAAAGGCGUACCCGACGACCACACGAAGCGCUGGACCGUAUACGUGCGCGUACCCGACGGCGACCCCGACAUCCGCGCCUGGCUCAACAAAGUAUCGUUCAAAAUAUUUAACACAUACGAGAACCCUUUGCGCAUGGUGGAGAAGCCGCCAUUCGAGGUGACCGAGACAGGAUGGGGAGGUUUCAACAUCGACAUAAGACUGCACUUCCAGCCCAUCUCAGGCGAGAAGGCGCAAUACCGACAACACUUCCUACAACUAGAGAAAUACGGCGACGAGAAGAUGCAAGCAGAGCAGGAGCGAACAGGCUGCGUGCGCUCCGAGUUCCUCGAAGUGGUCCAGUUUAACGAACCCACCGAAGCCCUCUUCGACGCCCUCACAUCGGAGGACCAGUGGAACUACCUCAUACCCGCCGGCAAGGGCGGCUCUAAGAAAGCCUCGCUCGGUGCGAACGGCAGGCUCAGACGCGGUCUGCCCAACGGCGAGCGCAGCGCACAGCUACCGGAGAAGGGAGCCGACGAAGUUCCUUUCAGCCAGGAACAAGAGCAGGCGCUGCAGGAUUUCUUCAAGCAGAAGAUGGAGGAUGUGGAGAGGCAGUUGGAUAAAGAGGCUAAGAAAAAGGAGGAGGUAGAGGCGAAGCUCAAGGCAUUGCGUGGUGAGCUGGGGCACGAGGCCGCUCAGCAGGCUGCGCAGCAGGCUAGUGGUGAUAGGAGCCGGCGCAGGUGA